UUUGCCGGCAUCGGCUAUGCGAGUCAGAACGCGUGCAAGUGCACUCCAGAAGACUCAUGCUGGCCUUCUGUUAACACUUGGAAUGCCCUCAACACAACAGUAGCUGGGAAACUUAUCCACAAUCUCCCAGUUGCUAUUUCGUGUUACCCCGGCACUUACCAGGAUGACGAGGAGUGCGCCCACGUCUACUCGCAAUGGUCCAAUUCUACAUUUCAAGAGCUUUCCCCGGUCGGAUACGUUUAUCCCACGGAUGUUUCAUGCCCCGCCGUUGAUCUGAGCACGGGCCAAAGCACUGAGAAGUGUAUCUUAGGGCCCGCCCCAGUAUAUACGAUCAAUGCAACAGAGCCCGCGGAGCUUGCAGCUGGCAUAGCAUUUGCGCAAAAGAAUAACGUUCGCUUGGUUAUAAGAAACACCGGGCAUGAUAUGCUGGGAAAGAGCGAGGGCUAUGGAGCACUCCAAAUUUGGAUCAAAUAUAUUCAGACGGGAAUUACCUUCCACGAGACCUACACGGCUUCCGAUAAAUGCGCAAGCAGCGGUUGGACAGGCUCUGCGAUCACCAUUGGCGGAGGGUAUGUUUGGGAAGAUGUGUAUGAAGUGGCCUUCAAGCGCAAUGUCGUCAUCGUUGGUGGGGGUGAUCCGACCGUUGGGUGCAUCGGCGGUUACACACAGGGAGGCGGUCACUCGCCAGCCAGCCGUGACUACGGUCUUGCUGCGGAUCAAGUGCUAGAAGCUGAGGUUGUGCUAGCUAGUGGCGCUAUUGUUACAGCUAAUGCUUGCCAAAAUUCGGAUCUCUACUUUGCCAUUCGCGGCGGUGGAGGUGGCAGCUAUGGCGUCGUUACCUCGAUGACAGUUAAAGUGUACCCCAGCAAGCCUGUUGUUGCACAAUCCCUCACAGUUAGCCCGAUUGCGCCUAGCGAGGAUACCGACUCACUCUUGGAUGCUAUUACCGAUAUUCACGAGCAGUACCCUAGUAUCAUGGAUAAGGGGUUCUCUGGGUAUGGCUCCUGGUCUAUUAACAGCCCCAUGAAGCUCUUCGGCAACGAGACCGUUGGCUAUGUUCAUGCUGCCGCAAUUAUGGGCAAGUCGCUGGCUGAGGCACAGAAAAUUUCAGCGCCGCUUCUGGAACAGCUGCAGAAGUAUAAUGGUACUUCGCUUUCUGUAUCUGUCUCAUGGUUUGAAUUCCCAACAUACGCAGCGUAUUACCAGGCUAUGUCGGGUAUGAAGCAGCCUGGUGGAUCAUCGAACUCGGCAAUGACUUCGCGGAUGAUUGGGAAAGCCGCUCUGACGUCUAGUCGGACUCGACUGCGUAGCAUGAUCGGAGCUAUCGCCGGUGAAGCAAAUGAAUAUACAAUCAAUAAUGUGGAACUCGUUGCUGGUGGCAAGGUUCUAACUGAUGGGAAUGAUAAACACUCUAGUGUCAACCCUGCGUGGCGCUCUGCCUACAUCGUGGAAGUUGUCGCUCGAGGCUGGGCAGACGAGUCCACUGCUCAGUCUGUGAAGGACGAUAUCACAUACACCAAAGGAGCAGCCAUGAGCCUGUUAACCCCAACCCUAGGCAGUUACAUGAAUGAGGCCGAUCGCAACGAUCCCUUGUGGGCUACUAAUUUCUAUGGUACGAACUAUCUUCGGCUUGCAGCGAUCAAGAAGAAGUAUGAUCCGACGGGUCUGUUCUACUGCCCGACUUGCGUGGGAAGCCCUUCAUGGUACCAGCACUAUCUACCAGGGACACACUACGGUCCACUUUGUUCGACGGGUGUUUGA